CAGGUAGCUCCUUUCCUUGUAAUCAAAUCCGGGCAUCGUUCGGGCUCCGCGCGACUGCCCCCCGUAGUGACAGCAACUCUGAGAAAGAGAGAUCCACUCGACUCCCUCUCUUCUCAAUUUCCAGAUCUCUACCCAUCAUUUCUUACUACUAAUCCAAUCCAAACAAGAAUAGAUAGAGAUGGCUGCUGGAGGUUUUGUGAGCCGAGCAUUCGAGUCAAUGCUCAAGGAAUGUUCGGGCAAGAAGUAUUCCGAUCUUCAAAAGGCUAUUCAAAGUUACAUCGAUAGUACCAAAUUGGCGAAUCAGCAAUCUAAAUCAAGCGAAACAAAUCAAGCAUUGUCAGUGGCUGGAGCUGAGGGUUCAGUUGAACUAGAAGGUGGAGCUGCAAAAGCCGGAACACAAUCAGAUCAGUCAGGAACUGUUCCACAGACUUCUGAGGAAGCACAGAGUGCUAAACCAGUGGGUAACAUCGGAAACAUCACAGUUGCAUUAGCAAAUGCUGGGCAGACAUUAGAUGGAGCUGAAGCAGAGCUUGUUUUGAAUCCGCUUCGUCUUGCAUUUGAGACAAAGAAUUUAAAAAUCUUGGAACCUGCUUUGGAUUGUCUUCAUAAACUCAUUGCUUAUGAACAUUUAGAGGGGGAUCCUGGCCUAGAAGGUGGUAAAAAUGUCCCGCUGUUUACUGACAUUCUGAACAUGGUUUGCAAUUGUGUUGAUAAUUCUUCACCUGACAGUACAAUUUUGCAAGUGCUAAAGGUGCUUCUGACUGCAGUGGCAUCCACAAAAUUUAGAGUUCAUGGGGAGCCUUUGUUGGGAGUAAUCAGAAUAUGCUACAAUAUUGCCUUGCACAGCAAGAGCCCCAUAAAUCAAGCAACAUCAAAGGCAAUGCUGACACAGAUGAUCAGCAUUGUAUUCAGGAGAAUGGAAUCUGAUCCUCAAAUUGAGGUUUCUACUUCAUCUAGUUCAGCUGGGGAUGUAGAAUCUACUUCAACUGAGAAAUUGGCUGCAAAAGUUGAAGAGACUCCAAAUGUGGACCAAAGCGAGGAAGGCGUUACUUUGGGUGAUGCACUUAACCAGAUUAAAGAGACAUCUCUUGCAUCCGUUGAGGAACUCCAGAAUCUUGCUGGGGGUGCUGAUAUUAAGGGUCUGGAGGCUGUUCUUGACAAAGCUGUGCAAAUUGAAGAUGGUAAAAAGAUGACACGAGGAAUGGACCUAGAGAGCAUGAGCAUUGGACAACGGGAUGCAUUACUGGUAUUUCGCACCCUUUGCAAGAUGGGUAUGAAGGAAGAUAAUGAUGAAGUUACAACCAAGACAAGGAUUUUGUCUCUAGAGCUUCUGCAGGGUUUGUUAGAAGGAGUCAGUCAUUCAUUUACAAAGAACUUCCAUUUUAUUGACUCUGUGAAAGCAUAUCUUUCAUAUGCUUUGUUGCGGGCCUCAGUUUCACAGUCUUCUGUCAUAUUUCAGUAUGCAACUGGAAUCUUCUCAGUUCUUCUGUUGCGCUUCAGGGAAAGUCUUAAAGGUGAAGUUGGUGUCUUUUUUCCAUUGAUAGUUCUACGAUCAUUGGAUGGCUCAGAAUGUCCUAUUAACCAAAAAAUGAGUGUUCUUCGGAUGCUUGAGAAAGUGUGCAAGGAUCCUCAAAUGCUUGUUGAUGUAUAUGUGAACUAUGACUGUGAUCUUGAGGCACCAAACUUGUUUGAACGCAUGGUAACCACUCUGUCCAAAAUAGCUCAAGGAACUCAAAGUGCAGAUCCAAAUUCUGUUGCUUUAUCACAGGCUAACUCAAUUAAAGGCUCAUCACUUCAGUGUUUAGUGAAUGUGCUUAAAUCACUAGUUGAUUGGGAGAAGUUAUGUAGAGAAUCUGAAAAGAAGAGUAAAAGAUCUGAGUACCUUGAAGAAGAGAUUUCAGCUGGAGAACCUGGUGAGAUAAAAAGCAGGGAAGAUGGGCCCAAUAACUUUGAAAAGGCUAAGGCUCACAAAUCUACAAUGGAAGCUGCUAUUGGAGAGUUCAACCGGCAGCCUGUUAAGGGCAUAGAGUAUUUGAUAUCAAAUAAGCUGGUGGAAAAUAAUCCUAUUUCAGUCGCACAAUUUCUAAGAAGUACUCCCAAUUUGAACAAGACUGUUAUUGGUGAUUUUUUGGGUCAACAUGAGGAGUUUCCCCUUGCUGUCAUGCAUGCUUAUGUGGAUUCCAUGAAGUUUUCCGGAAUGAAGUUUGACACUGCAAUUCGUGAAUUUCUUAAAGGGUUCCGACUUCCUGGAGAAGCUCAAAAGAUAGAUCGCAUCAUGGAAAAGUUUGCAGAAAGGUAUUGUGCAGAUAAUCCAGGUCUUUUCAAAAAUGCAGACACCGCAUAUGUUCUUGCAUAUGCAGUUAUAAUGCUGAAUACUGAUGCCCAUAAUCCACUGGUGUGGCCUAAAAUGUCUAAGUCUGAUUUUAUACGCAUGAAUGUGAUGAAUGAUGCUGAAGAUUGUGCCCCAACAGAUCUAUUGGAAGAGAUCUAUGACUCCAUUGUUAAAGAAGAAAUAAAAAUGAAAGAUGAUGCAGCUGAUAUUGGCAAAAGCAGACAAAAAUCAGAAAGUGAAGAGAGAGGCCACCUUGUCAAUAUUCUGAAUCUGGCUCUCCCCAAAAGAAAGUCAUCAGCUGAUGCCAAGUCUGAGAGUGAAGCUAUAAUUAAGCAGACACAAGCAAUAUUCCGGAAGCAAGGAGCAAGAAGAGGAAUUUUCCAUACUGUACAACAGAUUGAAAUUAUAAGGCCUAUGGUUGAAGCUGUAGGAUGGCCUCUGCUUGCUACUUUCUCUGUGACCAUGGAGGAAGGUGAAAACAAGCCAAGGGUGGUCCUCUGCAUGGAGGGGUUUAAAGCUGGGAUACACAUUACACAUGUUCUGGGAAUGGAUACCAUGCGCUAUGCUUUCUUAACAUCAUUGGUCCGAUUUACUUUCUUGCAUGCCCCGAAGGAAAUGCGGAGUAAAAAUGUUGAAGCUUUGCGGACUUUACUUGCACUAUCGGACUCAGAAACUGAUUCCCUUCAGGACACAUGGAAUGCAGUUUUGGAAUGUGUUUCUCGGCUUGAAUUUAUUACUUCAACUCCUGCUAUUGCUGCAACUGUCAUGCAUGGAUCAAACCAGAUUUCCAGGGAUGCUAUUCUUCAAUCCCUAAGAGAACUGGCUGGGAAACCUGCUGAACAAGUUUUUGUCAAUAGUGUUAAAUUGCCCAGUGAUUCUGUUGUGGAAUUCUUCACUGCUCUCUGUGGUGUAUCAGCUGAGGAAUUAAAACAGACUCCUGCUCGUGUUUUCAGUUUGCAAAAGCUUGUUGAGAUCAGUUAUUACAAUAUGGCUCGUAUACGAAUGGUCUGGGCUAGGAUAUGGUCUGUCCUUGCAAAUCAUUUUAUUUCUGCUGGUAGCCAUCGUGAUGAGAAAAUUGCCAUGUAUGCCAUUGAUUCACUAAGGCAGCUUGGUAUGAAGUAUCUGGAGCGUGCUGAGCUUGCGAAUUUCACUUUCCAGAAUGACAUUCUGAAACCAUUUGUUGUUCUUAUGCGGAAUAGUCGAAGUGAUACCAUACGGAGAUUAAUCGUUGACUGUAUUGUUCAGAUGAUCAAAUCUAAAGUUGGAAGCAUAAAAUCUGGAUGGCGUAGUGUUUUUAUGAUUUUCACAGCAGCUGCAGAUGAUGAACUGGAGUCAAUUGUGGAAAGUGCCUUUGAAAAUGUUGAACAGGUUAUCUUGGAACACUUUGAUCAGGUUGUUGGGGAUUGUUUUAUGGAUUGUGUCAACUGUCUAAUAAGGUUUGCCAAUAAUAAAACUUCUCACCGUAUAAGUUUGAAGGCUAUUGCACUUCUCCGCAUAUGCGAGGAUCGGUUGGCAGAGGGCCUCAUACCUGGUGGUGCUCUGAAGCCCAUUGAUGAUAAUGUUUAUGCAACCUUUGACAUGACCGAGCACUAUUGGUUCCCAAUGCUAGCUGGUUUGUCAGAUCUGACGUCGGAUGCAAGACCUGAGGUCAGAAGUUGUGCAUUAGAAGUUCUAUUUGAUUUACUGAAUGAGAGAGGAAACAAGUUUUCAACAUCAUUUUGGGAGAGCAUUUUCCAUAGAGUCUUGUUUCCCAUUUUUGAUCAUGUGAGACAUGCUGGAAAGGAAAGCUUAAUCUCUUCUGAUGAUGAAUGGUUUCGAGAAACCAGCAUUCAUUCCCUUCAGUUAUUGUGCAACCUUUUUAACACAUUCUACAAGGAGGUCUGCUUCAUGUUGCCUCCACUUCUGAGUUUGCUUCUGGAUUGUGCAAAAAAGACUGAUCAGACUGUGGUUUCCAUCUCAUUGGGUGCAUUAGUGCAUCUCAUUGAAGUUGGAGGCCACCAGUUUAGUGAGAAUGACUGGGAGACAUUAUUGAAAAGCAUAAGAGAUGCUUCAUAUACAACACAACCGCUUGAGUUGCUUAAUGCUUUGAGUUUCGAGAACCCCAAAAGCCCUAGGGUGCUAGCUGCAGAUGCAGAGGUCACUACCAGUGAUGUUGCAGAUAACCAUCUGCUUCCUAAUGGUGAUGAUGGAAAGGUAUCUCCUUUGGCAUCUCCAAAAAGCUCUCGUGGUCAUGGCAUUGGAGGGAAUCCUACUGCAUUGGUCUUAGCAGAUCACAGUCAAGAAUCUGGUUUGCAGAGCAAUUUGGAUGCAUCAGAAGGUCUUCCAUCACCAUCAGGAAGAUCGCAUAAACCUGCAGAAAUCCAAAGGAAUCAAACGUUUGGUCAAAAAAUAAUGGACAAUUUUUUCCUCAGGAAUCUUACCUCCAAAUCAAAGGCUCCUGCUUCAGACACCUCAGUACCAUCAUCUCCAACUAAGGUUCCUGAUGCUUUGGAGGCUGAUGCGAAAGAUGAGGAGGAAAGUCCUCUUAUGGCAACUAUUAGGGGCAAAUGCGUUACCCAGUUACUACUUCUUGGUGCUAUUGAUUGUAUUCAGAAGAAGUACUGGAGCAAGUUAAAAGCACAACAAAAGGUUGCUAUAAUGGAUAUUUUAUUAUCCAUGUUAGAAUUUGCUGCUUCAUAUAAUUCAUAUCCAAACCUUAGAACAAGAAUGCAGCGAAUUCCUGUUGAGAGGCCACCUCUAAACCUUCUCCGUCAAGAAUUAGCGGGAACUAGUGUAUAUCUGGAUGUGUUACAAAAAACUACUUCAGGUUUCCAUGCCAACAAGGAACAUCUUCCGGAAUCUAAUGUUUCUGAAGAUGUUGGUAUCACUUCAGUCAAAAAUGAUUCGAGUGUCAUCAGUGAUGCUGCUGUGGAUAAGAAACUUGAAGGAGUAGCGGAAGAGAAAUUAGUUUCUUUCUGUGAACAGGUACUCAGGGAAGCAUCUGAUCUCCAGUCCUCUGUAGGGGAGACUACUAAUAUGGAUGUCCAUCGAGUUCUGGAGUUACGGUCCCCAAUCAUUGUUAAGGUACUGAGAGGCAUGUGCUUCAUGAACACUGAGAUUUUCAGAAGGCAUUUAAGAGACUUCUAUCCUUUGCUUACUAAACUCGUGUGCUGCGAUCAGAUGGACAUCCGUGGAGCACUCGGAGAUCUUUUCAGGAUGCAGUUAAAAGCUUUACUACCAUAGUAUUGUCAAUAAUCUAAUGGUGUUCUCUUGGGGAAUGAUUUUCAGCUUUGCCUGCACAUUCCAAAUAUGGGUGUCUAAGGUUUUCAGCUCAUUUUUCCAUUGAAACAUUUCUUUUGCAGAUUAAGUACCUUAGAUGCCAUUGUUUGUGUAAAGAGUUUAGGAAGAAAAAAAGAAAAAAGAAGAUAUAGGAAUU